ACAUUCCCCAACUUAAAUGCUCCGAUCAACGUCGUCCUUGUCUGCGGCCGGCGACGACGAGUCGUACCGGAGGAUCCCCGACACGCCGGGCCUCGCGCGCGCGACGAGCGUCCCGGCGCGCGUCCGGACCAUGAGCAGCAACGUCAUGGCCAAGGCGCGCUCGGCCAGCGCCAGCGUCGCGCUCGAGAUGAAGCUCCUCGAGGCGCGCUUCACGCUCGAGAAGGCGUCGAGCGACGCCGCGACCAGCAUCAUCCACAACACGAUCUCGGGCGCGGGCCCUGUCGUCGGCUCGUCCAACGCGAUCAAGACGUCGUACUACACGUGGUGGAGCUUCAUGCCCGUCUUCUUGUACCGCACGUUCCGGAAGAUGGCCAACUUUUACUUUCUCAUGAUUGGCGUGCUGCAGAUGAUCCCAGCGAUUUCGCCGACAAAAGGCGUCCCGCUGCAGUUUUUGCCGCUCACGAUUGUCGUCGUCAUCGAUGCGAUCUUUGCCGCCGUCGAAGACCACCAGCGCCACCAAGCCGACGACGAAACCAACGGCGCGCCGUGCCGCCGAUACCACAGCGAGACGGGCACGUUCGAGUGCAUAGCGUGGAAGGACCUCUGCGUCGGCGACUGCGUUGAGCUCCGCGACAAAGAAGUUGCGCCCGCCGACCUCGUGAUCCUCGCGACCGGCAACGACGGCGUGUGCUACAUUGAAACCAAGAGCUUGGACGGCGAGACAAACCUCAAGCUCCGCGAGGCCGUGCUCCAAGAGCGGUUCGCGGUCGAGACGCACCAGUACGGCCAGCGGCUCCAAGGGCUCAAGUUUGAGAACGAAGAGCCGAACGCCGACAUCCACAAGUACCACGGCGCUGUCCACGUCGCCGACGACCCCGACGACGAAGACGCCGCGCUGCCCAUCUCGGUCCACAACAUGCUCUGGCGCGGCUGCAAGGUCCGCAACACAGACCGCGUCCUUGCCUUCGUCCUUCACGCGGGCUUUGACACCAAGAUCAUGCAAGGCCUCAAGCCCAACAGCGACAAGGAGUCGACGCUCGACACCAUGACGAACAACCAAGUGUUUGUGAUCGUGCUCGGGCUCCUCGUGCUCUGUCUCUCGGGCGCGAUUUCGUACACCAAGUGGUCGAGCCCGUUCCUGCCCGAGUACCUCGGCAACAGUGUCGACAACCCGUUCGUGACGGCCUUCUUUUACUUUCUCACGACGCUCGCGACCGUGGUGCCCAUCACGUUGUACGUCUCGAUCACGACCGUGAAGGCGCUCCAGGGCUACUUUAUGGCGCGGGACAUGCACAUGUACGACGCCGAGCGAGACAUGCGCAUGCAGCCGCGCAACAAGGGGCUCAACGAGCAGCUCGGGCACAUUACCCACAUCUUUUCCGACAAGACGGGCACCAUCACGUGCAACCAAAUGGAGUUUCGCAAGUGCUCGAUCCGCGGCGUGACCUACGGCCGAGGCACGACCGCCAUCGGCCGCGCUGCCAUUGCGGCCGGUCGAGGUGGCGUCGACGUGGUCGUUCUCGACGACCCGCCGGCCGACGAGAUGGCGACCCCGUCGAUCCCGCACGUCAACUUUACGGACCCGCAACUCGUUCAAGACAUUUACGGCGCGAGCGGCGUCGAGCAGCAAGAGGCCGUGUGCAACUUUUUCCGGCACCUCGCGCUCUGCCACAGCGUGCUGCUGGAGCUCAAGCACGACGACGUGACCAAGAGUCCCUAUGUGGCGUCGUCGCCGGACGAGCAGGCCCUCGUGAGCGGCGCCAAGUACUUUGGCUUUGAGUUCGUCGAGCGGACGCCCGGCAUGAUUGCGAUCAAGACGCCAUUCGAUGACGCGCCCGAGCGCUACGAGAUCCUCGAGGUCUUCGAGUUCAACAGCACGCGCAAGCGCAUGUCGGUGGUCGUGCGGCGCAUGGAUCGGGAAGAGAUUGUGCUGUUGACGAAAGGCGCCGACAGCACGGUGUUUCCUCGCCUCGCGCCGUCCAACGCCAAGUGCAAGGCGGUCACGGAGCGCCAGCUGGAAGCGUUUGCGACCGAGGGUCUCCGGACGCUCGUGAUCGCGGCUAAGUCGAUUCCAAAAGACGAGUGGGACACGUUUCACAGCAUGUACCAGCAAGCCCAAGUGCUCCAAGAAGACCAUGCGAGCGCGGUCGAGAAGCUCCAGAACGACAUGGAGUCGGGGCUCACGCUGCUCGGCACCACCGCGAUCGAAGACCGUCUUCAGGACCAAGUGCCCGAGACGAUCCGGCUCCUCUCGAAAGCCGGCAUUGCGCUCUGGGUGCUCACCGGCGACAUGGAAGAGACGGCCAUCAACAUUGGUUUCGCGUGCUCGCUCUUGACCAACGACAUGGAGCGCUACGUCAUCAACGCCAAGCGGUGCCCGACGCGCGGCAGCCUCCUCCGGCACCUCGAUGAGAUCUACCACCACGUGCUCGAGACGUCGUUCGGCACGCGGGACCUCUCGAUCGUCAUUGACGGCGCGUCGCUCUCGUGGCUCUUGCAUGACAACCCGUCGCAUCCCGACGCGCUCCACUUUCUCCGCGUCGCGCUUCUCUGCCGCGUCGUGAUUGCGUGCCGAUGCUCGCCGAGCCAGAAGGCGCAGCUGGUCGAGCUCGUGAACGUCAACUGCGACGAGGCCAAGACGCUUGCGAUAGGCGACGGCGCCAACGACGUGCCGAUGAUCCAGGCCGCUCACGUCGGCAUUGGCAUUGCGGGCGAGGAAGGGCGGCACGCGGUCAACACGAGCGACUUUGCGAUUGGCCAGUUCCGGUUCCUCGCGCGCCUCCUCUUGGUGCACGGGCGCUGGAACUACACACGCAUCGCCAACCUCAUCUACUACACGUACUACAAGAACAUUGUGUACUGCCUCGCCAUGUUCUGGUACAUGCUCAACCUCACGGCGUUCUCGGGCACGCUCAUCUACCCGGCGUUCAUCCAGCAAGGCUACAACCUCUUCUUCACCGCGCUGCCGAUUGGUGUCUACGCGAUCUGGGACCAAGACGUGACGGCUGACGUCGCGCUCGCGGUGCCGCAGCUCUACCAUAGCAAGUGCCGCGAGCUCUUUUCGUACGGCCGCUUUUGGCAGUGGAUGCUUCUCGGCCUCAUCGACUCGCUUGGCGUGCUCUAUUUUCUCAUUUGGGCCGGUGACGCGCUCACGCCGGACGGCCAAACGUCGAGCGUCCUCAACCUCGGAGACCUCGGCUGGACGAUCUUGUGCUUGUACAUGACGGUCCGCGUCUGCCUCCUCAUCAACUCGUGGAACGUCUUUGUCUUUUUCUCGGUCGCGGCCAGCCUCGCGAUGUUGUACGGCUUCCAGAUUGCGAUCGACUAUGUCGGCCUUCAGGACCCGACGUCGCAGUCGUCGUUCCCAUGGAUGUUUGGUCUUGGCACGCCCUGGCUCAUCCAGCUCCUCAUUGUUGCUGCGCUCUUCGCCAAGGACGUGUUUUACGUGGCGUACAAGCGGGCGUUUGAACCGACGCUACUCGAUAUGGUGCAAGCUGCGGUGCAGGACCCCAAGUCGGAACCCUCGAUCAGCACCCUCGGCGACAUUGAGUUCCCGCACGUCAAGUGGCUCAUGCCCCACUUGCAUCAGAUCCCCAACCACGCCGACGUAGCGCGCAUGUCGGUGACGCCCGAUGCGACGGUCGCCGAGGAGCAGCCGGUGUACCGCGGGUUUGCCUUCGACGAGCCGGCGGCCGUCGUCAACUGGCUCUUCCACAAGCAACCGUUGACGAAGAAGGUCAAGCACCGGCGCUGGAACACGGAGUUUCUGCAAGAGAUCCUGAGCUCGGGCGACCCGGUCGUGUUCGAGAACCAGCGCUACCAGCCGUUCGUGGGCUUUGGCGGGCACUUGUUGCCGUCGGACCGUGGGCAUUGGAGCGACCGGUCGGGCAAGUUUGCGACGCGCAAGGAGAUCUCGACCGUGACGAUGAUGGUCGACAUGAGUGUCGACGGCUGCGACGAAGAGGGCUGGGUGUACGCGACGGACUUUACACGGUUCCCAGACCAUACGUGCUCGCGCAUCUUUUCGCUGGUGCGCCGCCGCGCGUGGGUCGCCAAGCCGCCGACAAGCAGUGCCAAUGACUCGCCGAGGCACAACAUGCCGGCGGGGAUGAUGGGCGAGGUCAUUAGCAUCGGCUAAGUUAUGAUUUAAUUUAAUUUUGUACAAUGAACAACCCUGG